GGUAUUCAUAGCAUUUCAAAGUCCCAGAUACUGCUUCAUUCAAGGUUUGAGACGAGGAAAUAAUAUCUCUUGGCAAGUCUCGCAACGAUGUCUGAUAUCAAAGACGUCCACUCUCCUCUCCUAAGUCCAGGGUCGAGGACUUCGGUUCCUCAGAUAAGCUCGCCCUCUGUACCCAGAGCAUCUAAAUCUCCCUCCUCGCCCCAGAAACCAAGCAUACCGAACCCAACCCCGACUGAUCCUGCACCCGUAAAGACGAUCACCAAUCUAUCUUGGGGAGCCCCGGCAGGCCUUGCUAUCCGUGGACCUAACGAUGAGAACCUCGUUAUCUUUAGAAAAGCGUUGGGAAUAAACUAUGCCCGCGAUAGUACCGAGAGCGGUACUCUCGAAGAAGGGCGCAACACCGCGGUUGGCAUAUACAAAUCCGUAAUUCAAAUUCAACAGACCAAAGCUGUCCAGAACGCCCUUCUCACUGCAUUCCUCUACCUUUGCUACUUCGCUCAGAUCGUCAUCGGCGCGGCGCUGACGGCCAUGGGUCCAAACUCUGGACGAUACGAAGUUCUUAUUACUGUGCUCGGAGCCAUCAAUACGGUCCUGGCUGGUAUCUUAGCUCUGAUUAAGGGGUCUGGACAGCCGCAGAGGCUGGAGAAGGACCGUGUAGGGUUUAGGAGGCUACAGGACUGGAUUGAAGAGACGGAAGCGUUACUUGCUGUGGGCGUCAUUGGACGGAACAGAAAGGAGGUUGGCUUGCUGGUUGAAAGCGCCUUUAAACGGUACAACGCAGCAAAGAUGAGCGUGGAAAAUAACAGUCCCGACUUCUACGUCAACCAGCCGGAAUCAGGCGACGACAUGUCGGAUUCUGCCGGGAAACCAUUGCGGCAUAAUGGACUUUGAUCUGAGAACCCUAAGAGCCUAGCUGGACGAAUAGACAGGGAUAUUGGCC